AUGAUAAAUGUCAACGGCGUUAAGAAAAGAGGCGGACAUAGGAAGUCCACCAAUGGAUGUUCCGCUUGCAAAACUAGACAUAUCAAGUGUGACGAGACGGGACCGCCAUGCGCCAACUGUACCAUCCGCAGGGGCUCCGUCUGCAUCUACGCAGCCAAACAGGGCACAUCUUCCAGCAUGACAUCCGCCGCAGCUGAACGGAGCAGACCGAACCGCCGCUCCGCCGAUCAACUCACCCAAAAUGUACAAACACAGCAGCAGCACAACAGCCCAGCGGCCGCUCCGCUCCACCCGGGCCCGACCCUAGCCCCUCCGUCCUGCUUCUCCAGCAGCAGCAGCAGCAGCAGCAGCAUCGGCGCCGCGUCCGCCACGCCGGCCCGGCGCGAACUGGAGCUCGAGCUCGUGCACCGCUGGAGCGUGCGCACGUGGCGUGGCCUGCAGAUGAUACCGGCGUGCAGCGGAUUCCUGCGCGUCGUGCUGCCGCGCGACAUGCUGCGCCACGACUUCCUGCUCAGCGCCACCCUCGCCCUCGCCGCUGCCGAUCUGGCCGUCAGCAGCAGCAGCAGCAGCAGUAGUAGUAGUAGUAGUUGGGGGAGGAGGAGCGGGUCCCGCGUCUAUGCCGAUGCCGCCGCUGCCUAUGUCGCGUUGGCCGGGUGGCAGUUCCGCCGAGCGGUCGAGGAGCUCGGGAACCGGCGGCGACGGCGGCGGCGGGGGCGGGGGUUGAGCGGGGGCGGUCUGGACAAGGAGAACCUGUACAUCUUUGCGCAGUUUGGGGACAUGAUGGGGUAUUACUACAUGGCCAUGCCCGGGUCCGAGGUCACGUCGUGCGGACCGCUGACCACUGGAGUAGUCGGCAGUGGCGGUGGCGGUGGCAGCGAGGACGUGGUCGUCGUGACUGCCACACGCACAUCGGCGCCCGCCGGACCAUCCGUCAUUUCGCGCGUGCACAUGGCGAUGCAGAUGUUCACAGGCUCGACGAAGACGGCGUCACUCAACUGGGCGUGGUACCUGGACAGCCCGACGUCGGCGCGGCAGGCGUACGAGGACUACAGCCCGCGGCUCGAGGCGAUGCGGCUGGUGGACGCCGAGACGCUGGCGGCCAUCAACCUCAUGUCGAGCGUCGCGGGCGCCGUGCAAGUCGAGGUGGCCGACGGCCUGUCGGUGCCCUACGACAACGUCCGGUCCUACUGCUUCGCCAUCGGGCAGACGAAGUACGAGUUUGCAGAGCAGCUGCUGCAGCGCAUGUCCGGGAGCUUCCUCAGCGUCCCGGGGGUGUCGGGGACGUUCGACAGCGGGUUCCUGGACGGCAUCGCGUCGCGCGAGCCCGUGGCGUUGUUUGUGCUCAUGUUUUGGGGCGUUGCCGUAUGGAGGGCGCGUGCAGAUGGCUUGUGGUGGAUCGGGACCACAGGGAGGGAGCUUGUCGAUGAGAUAUGUCGAGUGCUGGUGGGAGGCGGCAUAUGGGGGCUUGAGGAUGUCAGGAAGGGGGUGAAGUGGUGUAGGAGGGAGGUUGGUCUGGUGGAACUGUAUCUGGAAGAGGAGGAGGAGGAAGGAGGGGGGGAGGGGCUCCGUAGGUGGCGAUGA